UUCAAUAACUCUGACAAAGCUUCAGCACACAUUUUUGUUUUGAAUUGCCCUAUGGAACUUCAAUAAGAAUUCCACACACAGAAAUUGUCAAUCCAGUCACGAAUAACACACUGCUCAAACUGAAGUCAAAUCCAAGUACAUAUGUCAGUGGAAUAUGGGACAAUUUCAAUUCAAUUUCUUACCAUUGAAAUGAAAUCUGACCAAAAAAAUAUAUAAAUUAAACUUGACAACAUAAUUUCAAUCAUAAGUCUAACAAGCUUUCAGUACUCAGCAACUACAUUCCAAAACCUUAACAACAUGUACAAAUCCGCUGUGCUUAUCUUCGCUGUCAUCGCCAGUGCUGCUGCUAAGCCCGGUUUGAUUGGUGCUCCUUUGGCUUAUACUGCUCCUGCUGCUGUAGUUGCUGCAGCUCCUGCUCCCUUUGUUACUGCCACCAGCAGCCAAGUUGUGGCCCGCAAUUACAAUGGUAUUGCUACCGCACCCAUUGUCGCCCCUGUAGCUGCACCAGUUGUUGCCAGAAGUUUUGCCGCCCCCGUUGCUGCUGCCUAUGCCGCUCCUGUAGUUGCCAAAACUUUUGCAGCCCCUGUUGCUGCUGCCUAUGCCGCUCCAGUUGUUGCCAGAUAUGCUGCUGCUGCCACCCCAUUCGCCUAUAGCGCCCCCUUGGCUUACUCAUCGCCAUUGACAUACGCUGCUGCUGCUCCAGCUCCAUAUGUGUGGUAAAUUCAUAAGACUCAUAACCUUCGGAUUUGACUUAAAAAGACUGAUGAAAUAAAAUUUUAGAGAAAACUCUUGACCAU